ACUCAUAGAUUUCUAAGUAAUAAUGUGAUUACGCUCCUAUGAUAACUUGAUAAGGCUAUAAUUAACACGGAUUAGUGAUCAGAUAACGUGUUUUGUCUUAUAAUCUCGGCCUUUUGCUUCUCCCUAUAUAUAUAUUUGGAAGUUGAAUAGUUUGGCUUAUAAAAUGCUCUAGAUCAAAUCUUUACCAUUCAUUUCUGCAGGAUUACUCAGAUUUUUAUGUGGACGUGAGUGGUGAUGAAGUUAAAGAUUCAAGAAAAUGUGAAAAUGGCUGGAUCAACAAGAGAUGGUGGCAGCGAUGACGGUGAAUCGAUGAAGAUUAGCAACAGAAAGGUGGUGAUGGAUGAGAAGAUCUAUGUAGCAGUGACAAAGAGAGAUCUGGAGAGCAAGUCUAGUCUCGUUUGGGCGAUACAGAACACUGGAGGCAGAGAGUUUUGCAUCGUCUAUGUUCAUCAACCGGUCCAUAUCUCAAUCCCGGGAGCAAGGUUCCACGAGCACAAACUGCGGCGUUACAGAAAGAAGAAGAAGAGAGCACUUAAUAAUCUGGACAAGUACCUUCAUAUUUGCAGGCAAAUGCAGGUCAGUGCAGAGACGAUAUAUAUUGAAAUGGAUUCCAUAGAGGAAGGUAUACUCCAAUUGAUAUCUCAGCAUGGAAUUAAGAAACUUGUCAUGGGAGCAGCAGCUGAUAGACACUAUUCAAUGAAAAUGAGAGACUUGCAGUCCAAGAAAGCUAUUUACAUUCGCAGAGAAGCACCAGAUACUUGCCAUAUAUGGUUUCCCUGCAAUGGAUACCUAAUUUUUACAAGAGAAGCUAGAAGAAGAGAAAUCUUGUAUCUAGAAGGUACAUCGUCAAGUUAUUUGAGCCAAUCCAAGAUUACUAAAGGAACUGAAAGGGUUCCAAGUUCGAGUAUGGCUAAAGAUGAUGUUGGGAACCAAGUAGCUCUCAUAGAAGCUGAGAGAGCAAAAAGGGAAACACUCUUUGAGGCGUCUAAGCGUGAAGAAGCUGAAAAAUCUGCAAUUGAUGCAAUCAAAAGGGCUAAAGAAUCGGAAAAUAGGUAUCUCAAUGAGUUGAAGCGUAGGAAAGAAACAGAGAAGGCACUGAAAGAAGCUAAAGAAGAACUUGAAAAGAUGAGAUCAGAAUCCGAGACACGAAUUGCUGAAUCAAGUAUGGUGAUCAGAGAGCUCCAAGGCGAUCAUUGCGUAUUAAUGGAAGUGUUGAGAAGACUUGGAGAUGAACGUGAAGAGUUGAAGAUAAAGCUUAGCAAAUUAUCAAAGCUGAGGAGUAAACGAGAGGGAGAGGAAGUGUCUCCCUCUAGGGACCCUGAACUGCCUCAAUACUUCUUAUGUCCCAUUACACAGGAUGUGAUGGAGGAUCCACAGGUAGCAGCAGACGGCUUUACAUAUGAAGGAGAGGCCAUACGUUGUUGGCUUGAUAGUGGACACGAGACUUCUCCAAUGACAAACAAAAGGCUUAUCCACACAAGCUUGGUUCCAAAUCUUGCUCUUCGAUCUGCAAUCCAAGAAUGGCUUCAGGAUUCAAGCUCCUGGAUCAUUGAACCAGAUCCUCUCUUUGUAAAAGACUUGAUUAAAAGGAGCUUGAAGUCCUUAGAGGCUAAUUAAGGAAGCUCACUCAUUGUUCUCUGAAGACUCGAGUUCGAAUCUUGGUGCAACUCUCCUGGGGACGUUUUUAUUUAUUUUUAAAUGGUUUCUCUUUUGACGUUUUGUAAUAGUUCACUCACUGUUCUAUCACUAGCCGUGUUUGGUAUGAGUCAGCCAUUUGUAAACUGUAAUAUGAUAUUGUCAUUGUAAGUCAUGAUGGGAUAUGAAGUUUGUGCCUGCAGAAAGGGGUAUCUUAUAUACACAGAUAAGAUUUGAAAUUUGUGACAUUUUUUUCAAGGAGAAUUGCUUCAAAGAUCUACCGUGAAGGGAAUUGUCAAGAUGAUUUCUGACAACAGAGCCAAGAAGUUCAUAAUGGGAGCAGCUGCAUACAAACACUAUUCAACGUAUUGCGUCUUCUUAGGCUUCAGCCUUUUGUGUUGCUUCUUCUUCACCUGUUUCUUUUUUACCCCUCUCGAAUUUGACAUUGGUGGUGAUCAAAUUUGCAGGAAGAUGGAGAAAUUUAGGUCGAGAAAAGCCAUCUUGGUCUCCCAAUACAUCUCUGCGGCUUGUCACACUCAGUUUAUCUGCAAAGGACAUAUAGCUCAUCCAUGCAAAGUUCAAGCCAGAAUCCUCUUUUCCAUAGCCAUAUAAAGUAGUUGAUGCUCUAUUACUGACACGUGUGCAACCAAUGUAGGGAAGCUUAGAAUGGAUGAAGUCAGAGCUCUCUCAACUCUAUUAUAUGCUCUUUCAGCGGCCUGUGUCCUCUCAAAGUAGCUCCAAUUCAGAUAUGCAGAGUUGAAGUUCAAAUGGGUAAAGCAAGGUGGAAGAAAGAACAUCGCCAACCAGUUCUUCUCGGUCUGCUGGUACAUUGUCAUACUUUGGAGGAUCUGUGGCUUCAUCAAGUAUAAUAUAAGAUAAAUCAAACCACUCAUCUCCUCCCUCUGUACCUGUAAGCCCUGAGAUCCUGAACAAGAGAGAAGAACCCUUGCCCCUUUUGAUAUAUUCUUCCUCUUUAAUUAGCAUUUCACUUGACUCGUGAGUUGCCUUUUACGGCCACUCCACAAAACUCUGGCACUUGCCAUCCAAAAACGAUAAGCAGUAUGAGUGACCCCAGCAUUACCUGAAAAGCUACAGCAGAAGAAGAAGACAGAACAUAAAGCUGCAAAAUCUUGAUCACAUCUGUAAAUACAUAGAAUGUGAUAUUUGUAAAACCCGUUCAUGUGAGUGAAUCUGUGUGGGAGAGGUUCGUGAUGAUAAAGACAAUGGAAUCAUCUUCUUCAUAUUCUUUAGUUUAUGAGAAUACAGAAACGUAACCAAUAAAUAAUUAAAAAGUUGGUAUACAAAGGUUGAUCAAAAGAGAAGCAAAACUGCAUCCUAAACCCUCGGAUCAACGAAAGAUAACAGUUUAUGAG